AUGGCGGCGCGCAACUUGUCGGCAACAGCGCGUCGGCUGCGGCACCUUCGAUUGACGUCCGUGCCAAAGUCUCAUGCGGAGAAGCACCGGCUGCAGAUGAUGCAGCUUCCACAGUUCACUGGCUUUGAGAUCGUCCUAUUGGGCACUGGGGCCGGCAUGCCCUCGAUACAACGCGGUGCGUCGUCGUUGUGCGUGCAAUUGCCGGCCAAGAGUUGGCUGUUCGACUGUGGCGAGGGCACGCUGCGACAGAUCUUCCGAAGCACAGUGCGCGUGACAACCACUGAGAAGAUCUUCCUCACGCACGUCCACGGGGACCACCUAUUUGGCUUGCCGGGCAUGCUUUGCACGUUGAAUUCAUUGAACGCUGAUUACAUGGACCCGUCGACGAAACAGCUUGGUCGCCGGCCCAUCGACGUGUACGGCCCGCCGGGGGUGUUUGACUUUGUGAACGCGGCGUUGACGGCUUCGUGCGCGCACAUGAACAACGUCUUCAUCACGAUCCACGAACUCGUGCCACAGGACUACCAACCCCCUCCUCCGUCGCCCCACGAGCGUGUGCACGAGGAUCUGUCGCACACCAUUAUUCGACCAGAACGGGUGGACGGUACCCUUGCUUGGCGCGUGAUGGACGACGGUGCCCACACUGUGAUGGCCGGGGCGUUGGCGCACAGCGUGCCCAGUCUCGGAUACGUCGUCGAAGAGAACACACGGCCAGGACGGAUCGAUGUGGCCGCCGCCACCCGCCGCGGCCUCGUGCCCGGGCCGUUGUACAAACAGCUCAAGGGCGGCGACAGCGUCCAGCUGCCGGACGGAUCGACGCUGCAUCCACACGAAGUCAUGGGGCCAUCGCGCCGAGGUCGGAAGGCGGCUAUUCUCGGCGACUCGGCCGACUCGUCUGGCAUGUAUGCGCUGGCCCGCAAUGCAGAUGUUCUCAUACACGAAGCCACGUUAGCCCAUGGCAGCGGAGCCAUUGCCCUCGAUCGCGGCCAUUCGACCAGCGCCAUGGCGGGGUACUUUGCCAGACACAUCAACCCCACGCUCCUUGUGCUGACGCACAUCAGCCAUCGGUUCAGCCCCGGCCUCUUGGGCCCCAACUCUGUCCAACGACUGGUAGACGAAGCCAGAGUGACGUUCCGAAAACGAGCGGUCGUCGACGGCUUUGACUUGAUGCGCAUUCCGAUCCCGUUGCCCCCCAUAGCGUCAUGAUUGAUCUCGUAUAACGUCAGAAUUGUUGCAUGAUAACGUCAUGUUAAGGUUUAAACUCGACCACGUGACUUUUUGCGAGUUCGUACACGCGUCGUUCGGUGGCGAGAAACGCACGAAUGGACUCAUGUAUCGUCUCAUUCGAGUGUUUGAUGGACAGGAUGGCGGCAGCGCACGCGUCUUGGAGGCGUCUGUUGGCCUUGUCCAUUGUCUCUUGAUCAGGCCACGGAAUCAAGUGCUGCAUGUGUCCUCCUUCUUUGACGUUAGAGAUGGACUCCAUGGAGGGGGUGUUGAUCUUGUCAACGUCUCGGCGAAGGGCGAUGGCCAGGGAAGGCUUGUCCAGCACAAGCAACUGCACCUGUUCCCGAUACAAACGUGAUGUCAACCGACCAGACUGGGCAUCCAGCUGCACAUGCAGUCCAUUGGCGGAGAUGGUCGCAUUCCGCUUCUGGAGCAGCAUCGUUCGCAGUUUGACUAGUGGGUCGAGUUUCUGGUCGAGUAAGGGCAGGACCAGGGAUACUGGGCCGUUGUAUGGGUUGUGCGCCAGCGAAAAGCCAGAGUAGACGAGGAGGUCGGCGUUGGGGCGAGGGCCGUAGCAGAUGGUGAUCUCGUCGCCUGGAGCGAACGACGUCAUGGCGUCGCAGUGGAUGGACACGCUGUCGGAGUAGGUGGUCAUGUCACCGAUGGCGUGGUUGCACAUGUCCCAGCCGGGUAUGAGAGCCAGGGCAGACGGAUCGUCCGGUGUCGGCACGUUGUUUUGGCGCGUGAGGGCCACCGACAGCGCCCAAAAGUAGUUGGUCAACGAAAACGAUUCAUGACGAAAAAUGGUCGGCUGUUGGUGGAAAUGACGGUGGAGGUAGAGGUACUGGCGAAGGGCGUUGUAGAAGAGCUGGAUGGCGGAAGCAUAGGCGGCGGUGGAAGAUGCCAGCGCCGCGAAAUCGGCCACGGUGUACUGCAAGGGGAGGUGCAUCUGUCGAGGAAGGACGGCCACGUAUGGUGCAAAGAAGGAAGACGGAGCUAAUGCUUCGUGGAGAACGUGAAGGGCCAAGGAAACUGUCGGGAAUUGCCGGCAAAGUGGGUCUUGACGGAGGUGUGCGAGCGCCGGGGGCAACGACGACGAUGUGAGCAGGAGCGUGGCUGGGAUCGACAUGAUGGGCACACCCUGUGGAAGGUCAACACGUGCACGAAGGCCAUUGCCAUGGUCGCCCAUUUGCUCCACGUUGAAUUUUCCUUGGCCAACUGGUACUUGCAUACCCUCUUCCAGCCAUGCUUGGAAUGCAGCUAGCGUAGCCGCCGAUGUCGACGUGGCGACAUCGUCAUCGCCAACAAUCGACGAGCAGCGUUCCAAGCUACGCAACGUUCCGGAGAGAGCUACGAGCUUGUUCAGAACAGUCACAUCAUUCAGGUCCUUCCACGAAGUGCAGACGCCUAGGACAGCUGUCAACUCGCGCAGAGUCGCCGCCGCCACGCCGUUGGGCUCGUGCAUGUAAAGUUUG